UGUUUACAGAUCAAUCCUAUACACAAAACCGAGCUAAGAUAGGCGGGAAACACGAAACGGAAACGGAAUCGGAAAAAAAAUUAAUGCAGAUGACUCCACCCCUCCAAAGAUUCUAGGGCAAAAUUUCCCAAUUCUGCCGAAUAUUAGUAUUUAUAAUUGUUGCCGCUGCUCAUUUCAAAACCAUCAAAAAUCCUCCACCCUCAGCGCCGGCAAGUUCAGAUUUUAGAAGAAGGAAGACCGAAUUAAGUAAAAUUCCCGUUGUUUUUGUCCAGAAUUACUAGACGGAAAUGGCGGUUGAAGCAUCACUAGGUAGUUCAGUGGCGUCUCCGUCGGCAGAGAACGGUAAUUCAACCGGAAAAUCGGCUGUCCGUAGCCAAGUUAGUGGUGACGGGGUACACUGCCAUCAGUGUCGUCAAAAAACCAGGGUUCCAGCAGCAGCAUGCAAGAAUCACAUUAAGAAUAAACCGUGUUUAGUAAAGAUAUGUAGCCGAUGCCUAUGGAACAGGUACAAUGAAAAGGUGGAGGAAGUAACUAGUUUGGAGGAAUGGAAAUGCCCGAAAUGCAGGGGCGUUUGCAACUGCAGUGUGUGCAUGAAGAGAAGGGGACAUCAACCCAUCGGUGCACUUACCAGUGCAGCAAAAGCGACUGGAUUCUCUUCCGUCACCGAGAUGCUAACUGCUGAGGGUUCAGAUAAUGGAAAGGUUGGUAAUGCCAUGAAUGGGUCUCUGGAAAAUGAUGCAUUAUCUGCUAGAAAGAAAGGGAAGGAAAGGUUGAAUGCAGAUGAUAAUACCUCUUCAAAGAAAAUGAAACAUUCUAAAUUGGCUGAAACCAGCCAGACUAUUCCUAAAGAAAUUGUGCUGCCAGUGGGAACAGACUUGAGCAGUGUGGCUGGCAUUGAUGUACCUGCAGAAGAUGUUGGCAAUGCUUUGGAGUUUCUAGAAUUUUGUUAUGUUUUUGGAGAGAUCCUAAAAUUGAAAGAUGGGGAAGCAUUAUGUGUCCUUGAAGAUAUAUUUCAUGGGCGAACUGCAAAGCGAGGAAGAUCAUGCCCGGUUGUCCUGUUUCAUGUACACCUGCUAUCAAUAAUUAAAGAAGAGGGAGAGAAAUUUCCAAAGCCGUAUCCGAGCACGUGGUUCAGUGUGCUGAAGAAAUGCUUGGCUGAAUCUGAAUGUGUUCUUGAAGUGUUGGGGAUUAGUUAUUUAGAGAAGGCUGCUGACUCUGAUGCUUUAAAUGCUUCAGAAAUGCUUAGGGUCUUAAAUCUGCUAUGCAUUCAUGCUCUUGGCACGAAAAAGCUAAGAAAUUGGAUAGAACACCAAAAAACACAAUUUGACCAGAAGGCAAAGGAAGCUAAACUUAAGGUUUUUGAAGCAAGAGGCGAGAUAAAGACUUUGAAGCAGAAAAUAAAAGGGGACACUGCCAAAGCUAUUGAUGCUAGGGAUGGGGAGCAGGAAGCAAUUGUUUCUCUUAAUAGAUCUGCGGCAGAGCUAGCUCAUGGAAAGCUGCUUGAGUCAGAGGCAAUGCUUUUGAAGCUUGAUCAGACAGCUGAUGCUAUAAGAGUAGAGCCCAUCUUCACAGACUGCAGUGGUCAUAUGUAUUGGAAAUUGAAAUGUGCUGAUGAAUGUGAUGUACUGCAUCAAGAUGUUGGGAAAGGGGAUACUCUUACCUUAAAUGAAAAAUGGUUUGCUCUCAGUGCUGAAGAAAAAAAAGAAAUUGAGAAGAAUAUUACUACAAGGGGAGAGUAACAGCACCAGGUCCUCGUCUUUUUCUGAUUUUGGCAUCCCCAACGAUAUCUACUACAUACAGUAACUCACAAACAUGCUAACGUUGUGGGCAUCAGCUUCUCAUAACUACACCAGUGGCAGUAGGUACUACCUCUGUCCCACUAAAGAUGUCCACAUUCUUGAGUGGCACGGGAUUUUUGGAGGGGUUGUUAGGGGGAGUAAGUAGAGAGAAAAAGGUAGUUGAAUAUUUUAACGAGGAGAGAUUUAUUUCCAAAUAUAGAAAGUAGACAUCUUGGGUGGGACAAACUAAAAAGGAAAGGUGGACAUCUUGAGUGGGAUGACGGGAAUACUUGUUUAGAACAUAGCUCUUAUUUUUGUAUUCAAGACAAUUAUGCAGUCAACCUACAUUCCUUGAUUACCUUUACCAGUCUGUACAUUUAUAGUUUUAUACCAUACACUGAUAUAUCUGUUGGGGGUUUAGCAUUAUUUGUAAAUACAAAUUGGAGGUUAUUAGAAUUAUUUUUGUAUUGUA